UUUGCAAUCGUAAAUGUCAAAAGUAAAUAGAAAAUAGUGGAAAUGAAAAUUUAAUAAAUAAUUGUAUAUUUCUAUUAUAUUAUUCAGUUAUCUACAAGUAGUAAUAUAAACAAAAUAUUUUUCCUCUAAUAAUACACCAGUUCCAUAUAUGUGAAGAAUUCGAUUUUUAAAAUAGAAGCGAAAGGUCGUAUUUUUUCAACUGUAAAGUAUUUAUCUAAUUUUCGAAUAUUUACUGAUUUUAUUAUUAAUUAUUAUUAUACAACUUUUGUCAUUAAAUAUCAGUUUGUGUUCAAGUAGUUAUUAAUGUCCUUGUAAGUUUGAAUCCUUGAAAUACGUCCCUGGGCGUAACCUUCUCGUUUUCGGGUUGAAGGCUGUGCGAAAAUGAUAUUUUUUAAUCCUUACUGAAACGUAGUGCAUAAAUAAUUGGUGAAAAAUGGCCGAGGAAGAAGUUCUUUUCGAUGAUGUGUACGAACUUUGCGAAAUUAUUGGCAAAGGACCAUUUAGUCUUGUCCGACGCUGUGUACACCGACAGACUGGUCAACAGUUUGCAGUGAAGAUUGUUGAUGUAGCAAGGUUCACAGCGAGCCCAGGAUUGAGUACUGCUGACUUGAAACGUGAAGCUACAAUAUGCCAUAUGCUAAAGCAUCCCCAUAUUGUGGAGCUCUUAGAGACAUACAGCUCUGAAGGCAUGCUGUAUAUGGUCUUUGAAUAUAUGGAUGGAUCUGAUCUUUGCUUUGAGGUUGUAAGAAGAGCAACGGCUGGAUUUGUGUACAGCGAAGCUGUGGCAUGCCACUACAUGCGGCAAAUAUUGGAAGCGCUUCGUUAUUGUCAUGAGAAUGACAUAGUACAUAGAGAUGUGAGACCCCACUGUGUGCUACUUGCUGGCAGAGACAACUGUGCUCCGGUCAAACUUGGAGGUUUUGGAGUGGCUGCUCAACUCCCCACACCCACUGCUCACCGGGCACCUCCUGAGCUGGUGAUGGACAAUCGGCCCUUAGUGGGUCCCAUGGGCCAAGCCUAUCUCAAAUCAGAUGAGUAUGGUCGCAUCGGCACGCCGCAUUACAUGGCACCUGAAGUCGUGUCAAGCCAGUUGUACGGCAAGCCGGUGGAUGUGUGGGCAGCGGGGAUCUUGCUGCACGUGCUGCUCGUGGGGUAUCUGCCGUUUACGGGCACGCGGGAGAGGUUGUUUGAGGCUAUCUGUCGUGGGAGAUUGCGGUUUGACGCUCCUCUAUGGGAGGAUAUAAGCGAUGCAGCCAAAGAUCUUGUCCAACGCAUGUUGACAGUUGAUCACACGCAAAGAAUCAAUAUACAAGAAGUCCUCAACCAUCGAUGGAUAAGAGAUCGCGACAAGCAGAACCGUAUCCACUUAGCGGGUACCGUGGAAGAGCUGAAGAAGUUCAACAGCCGCCGACGUCUCCGCGCUGCCACCCUCGCGGCCGCGUCUGUGGAGGAUGAUGAGGAGGAGGAGCAACCGGCCAGGAAGCAGGCUCUGCUGGAGGAGGCUAAUGCUGCAGCCGUGAAUCUGAUAGUUGAAUCUCUGGACGACGUUGCCGUGUUGCAAGAUGGGCCGCUUUUCAUGGAUCCAGAUUUGUUCCACACUGUUCUUGAUGAUCUACAGCUGCGCGCUUUGUUGGAGGUGUACGACCGCAUCGCGUGCACGGUGGUGGUGACGAGCGGGCGCGCGCCGGCGGCGGAGGGGCGCGCGCGCGCCCGCGCCGCGCUCGACGCGUCGCGCGCCCGCGCCGCGCCCGCGCCCGCCGGCGCCGCGCCCGCGCCCGCCGGCACCGCGCCGCACACCGCCGCCGCCAUACACGAGCUGCGCCGCGUGCUCGCCGCGCCGCACGUCAAGGCUCUGCUCCAAGCGCACGAUGUGGUCGCACGCGAAGUGUACGGCGAGGAGUCGCUGCGAGCGUCCCCGCCGCCGGUCAACGGGCGAGCGGCGCAGCCCUCCGCUGACGAGGAAGACGAUACGGAACCAGAGUUCGAGAACGUGACUAGAGUGCGACUCGUGCAGUUCCAGAAGAACACUGAUGAGCCUAUGGGUAUAACACUUAAACUGGCGGACGACGGUCGCUGCAUUGUGGCCCGCAUCAUGCACGGCGGUAUGAUCCACCGACAGGCCACAUUACACGUCGGCGAUGAGAUUAAAGAGAUCAACGGCACGCCCGUCGCCAAUCAGUCGGUGGCCCAGUUGCAGAGGAUGCUGCGUGAAGCCAGAGGCUCCGUUACGUUCAAGAUAGUUCCAUCGUACCGCUCAGCUCCGCCACCUUGCGAGCUAUUCCGGAUAAAGCCUUCGCCCGUUCUAAUCUUCGUGAGAGCGCAAUUUGAUUACGAUCCAUUAGAGGAUGAACUCAUACCGUGCGCCCAAGCCGGUAUAGCUUUCAAUAUAGGGGACAUUCUACAGAUAAUAAGUAAAGACGACUCUCAUUGGUGGCAAGCUCGUAAGGACGCCUCCGGUGGCUCGGCCGGUCUCAUACCGAGUCCCGAACUACAGGAAUGGCGCGCGGCUUGUGCUGCCGCCGAAAAAUCUAACACUGAUCAAGUCGGAGCUGACGGCUGCGUGUCUCAUACCGACGGAUGUGAGAACACAGUGAACUGUUCGAUAUUCGGACGCAAGAAGAAACAGUCGAAAGACAAAUAUCUCGCGAAACACAACGCCGUAUUCGAUCAACUAGAUGUUGUGACGUAUGAGGAGGUCGUGAAGUUGCCUUCAUUCCAAAGAAAAACUAUAGUUCUAUUGGGCGCUCACGGCGUCGGUCGCCGUCAUAUAAAGAACACUCUCAUAGCGCGUCACCCGGAUUUGUACGCCUACCCUAUUCCACACACAACUCGUCCUCCCAGACCUGACGAGGAAAAUGGCAGACACUACUAUUUCGUAUCGCACGACGAAAUGAUGGCUGAUAUCGCUGCUAACGAAUAUCUUGAAUACGGCACGCACGAGGACGCAAUGUACGGCACGAAGCUGGAGACGAUCCGCCGCAUCCACUCGGAGCGGCGCAUCGCCAUCCUCGACGUGGAGCCGCAGGCGCUCAAGAUCCUGCGCACGGCGGAGUUCGCGCCCUACGUCGUGUUCAUCGCCGCGCCGCCGCUCAACAACGUGGCCGACUACGACGGCUCGCUGGAGGUGCUGGUCCGCGAGUCGGAGCAGCUGCGGCGCACGUACGGACACUACUUCGACCUCAACGUGGUCAACAACGACAUCGACGACACGCUCGCCGCGCUCGAGGCGGCGCUCGCCCGCCUCAGGGCUUCGCCCCAGUGGGUGCCCGUCGCCUGGGUGUAUUGACGCACCCACUGCGCGCUAUAGUGCAACUGCCAUGCGAUUGCCGUUUAGUGGGCGGAUUCCGGACGGCUUCGCGUUUCGGAUAGCUGCGGAUCGGACAAAAAGUAUUCCUACCCCCUCCCAUAUAAAUUGGUUUGUGUGAAUUGAUCAGUUUUAGGAAUUUUUGUACUUUGGCAUUCCAAUGUACAGAAAUCCUAAAAUAUAUAUUCCUAAAAUAUCCAUUGAUAAGUAGUUAUUUUAUAAAAAAUCUUGUCAUUUCUUUAGACGUGGGCAGUACUUAAAAGUGCCCCUCAGGUGGGUGCAUAGUGUGUGAAGUGCGUGGGUUUAGUUAAUAUGAUGAUGAUAAUGGAGACAAUUUCUGAAUUAUAUUCAGGGUUUUUGAAAGAGUUUUUAUUGGAUAACUUUUUAAUUUUCUCCCCUAUAUGAUCACUUGGUUCACUUAGCGCGAUUACAGCAAUAAGGCAUACUUAAGUAGUGGGUUAUCAAAUAUCUUGUUACACCUUUCAAAGCUCCUGACAAGCAAUUACAUUUAAAUGAAGCUUCGCAGUGUAAUGGUCGGAUUCGGAACUGUUUUUUUUGUAUAGUUUUUCAGCAUUUUGGGAUAUCAUUGAAUAAUUUUUUUUUCUAAUUCACCCCUCGCACUUUAUACCAGUACUUAGUCAGAUAUAGACCAGUACUUAGUCAAGUACUGGUCUAUAUCUAAUCUGAAAUCAUUAGAACCACUUUGGAUCCUAGUCUCGCGAGUAUCAAUAUACUCCUGAUAUUUAUAACCUGAUCUUUUCGAGUUAGUCUAAAUGGUGUUAACCUCUCCAAAGCUGCACAUUUUAGAAAAGUAUUUAGUAUUUUGUGACCAUUUGUUCACCCUUUUCCUCUAUGAAAUCACUGAAUGCUCCCAGCAAUUUUGCGAAUAUGAUAAAUAAAUAUAUAAUUUACCAGUUUCACUAUAUUGGGAGAACCGUCAACGUCUCUGUCCCGAAUCUGCUCUAUUUUGCUGGCAAUUCGAUCAUGUCAUGGCAUCGUAAGCACCAAAUUUUCUACGGCACUGGUGAAUAAAUAAAAAUAUAUUGCAAAAAAAAAACAUAAUGAUUCGUUUGUAUUGUUAUAUGACGAUAUGAUAGUUGAAUUUGUAGGACAUACAAAACGCAGUGCCGUCGUAUAUUUGAAGCAAAAUUGUUGAAAUGGACUCGACAAAAUAUUAAAAUAGAUAUAUUUAUUUUAGGCUGCGUUCGUUACCAAAGACCUUCGGGACUUCAAAAUUAUUGAUUUUAUUGAUUCCAUUCCAACAACUUAUAUGAAUAAUAUAUAAUAAUACUUAACUUGAAUAUGCUCAAACUUAGAUACUUCGUACCCGAGGGGGUUGUAUUAUAAUAUAAGAGCACGUAUCAUUUCGGAACACUUUUCAUGGACGCACGAGAAAACAGGCCUUGGUCACAAUGAACAGUUAUAAGUUACGUCUGUCUAGACACUACGUUUUUCAAUUUUUUUUUUAUUUUUUAUUUAAUCAUAAUAUAUAACACAAAAAUAAAUACACUUAAAAGUUAAAAAGGGAAAGAGUUAAGGUACACUUUCUAUACAUAACAAUGAGAUAAAAAAA